AUGCAAGAGUUCGACAUCGAGAUUCGUGACAAGAAAGGAACGGAGAACGUCGUCGCCCACCAUUUGUCAUGGUUAGAAAUUCCGGAACCAAUUUUAAGUGACGUAGAGAUUAAUGAAACGUUUUUGGAUGAGAUGUUGAUGGUACUUUCGGAGGUAGAGAUGCCAUGGUAUGCGGAUAUCGCAAACUAUCUAUCUUCGGAAAUCAUGCCACUGGAUUUGACCUACCACCAAAAGAAGAAAUUCUUGAGCGAUACUAAACGGUUUCUAUGGGAGGCCGUACCUCUUCAAGACUACGCGGGUCAUUAUGGUACAUCAAGGACCGCCGCUCGUGUGCUAGAGUGCGGGUUGUUUUGGCCUACGCUAUUUCGAGAUGCAAAAUACUUUGUUAGUCAUUGCGAUAGAUGCCAAAGAGUGGGGAACAUAUGUAAGCGAGAUGAGAUGUCGCUUACCACCAUUCAAGAGGUGGAACUUUUUGAUGUUUGGGGAAUAGACUUCAUGGAAGCGGAAGCAUUACCUACUAACGAUGCCAAAGUUGUGUUGGACUUUCUCAAACAGUUGAUGAAUCGAUACGGGACUCCUAGAGCAAUUAUAAGCGACGGUGGAUCUCACUUUUGCAAUAGGCAAUUCGAUUCUUUGAUGCGGAAGUAUAAAGUCUAUCAUCGGGUCGCUACUCCGUACCAUCCUCAAACAAGCAGGCAAGUUGAAGUUUCUAACCGUGAGCUAAAACAAAUUUUGGAGAAAACGGUUAAUAGCACAAGGAAGGAUUGGUCACUAAAAUUAGAUGAUGCAUUAUGGGCUUAUCGUGCGGCUUUUAAAACGCCCCUCGCUCAUUUUGACCUUAAAGCGGCGGGGGAGAAAUGUAUGCUUCAACUCAAUGAGUUGGACGAAUUUCGUUUAAAUGCUUAUGAAAACGACAAGCUUUACAAGGACAAGACAAAACGAUGGCAGGAUGCUCACAUCGUCCCUAAAACCUUCACGGAAGGGUCGUUAGUCUUGCUCUACAACUCACGCCUAAAAUUAUUUCCCGGGAAAUUGAAGUCUCGUUGGAGCGGUCUUUUCAAGAUUCGAAGUGUGGCAAGUCAUGGAGUAUUGGAAUUGGAAAUGCUAGCGGUGAAGUCUUCAAAGUAUAUUAUGGGUUUAUAUCAAGUUUCAGGAUGGUUUAAAGAAGAAAAUUGA